AUGGCGCCGCAAAACAAUGACAAACCGAAGAGGCGUAAGAAGAGAAAGUCUAGAACUGAAGUCUCUUCCGACAGCGAUUCGGAAACCUCACCAGCUACCGAGCAGCCAUCCAAGAAAUUCAAAUCACCUCCAGAACCAACAACUCUGAGCGAUGCAGAAGUAGACAAAGCAUUCACGAAGUUCUACAUGCAGCGUCUAACUACUGAAUUCGAGGAUGAUCUCGAUAAAUUGCGGAAAGCGGAUGAUUUCAAAGAUGAUGCGCUGGAGAUUCUUAUUGGGGCUUUGCAGCAGGGGACGAGCAUGUUUGGGAUGGGGGAAAAGAGGAGGAUUGUUGAGGCUGGAAUGGGGAAGAAGGGUGAGUGA